AUGUCAAUGGUUGCAAGCUCUUCGCACGGUGAUCCAGAUUCAAGAAGCUUGCAAGUGCUUCUCGAAGCUUUUGGUUCUCGUUUUUCUCUCGAUGACAUAGCUUCUGCUUACUGCCAAGCUAGCCGGAAUGUCGAUGUGGCCUGUGAGAUUCUCUUUGCGAUGACAGAAAAGACGCCUCGAAGUGACCAACUCGAAACGAAUGGAGCAACCUCAAAACCAGCUCGUGUUCCCAAGGAAGCUCGAAGACAACAAGAGGAUAGCAAAGCCAAAGUAUGGAGGCCGAAAAAAAACUCUGUAUCAGCUGGUACCGUUUCAAGUGUUAUCGGUAAGGAGUAUGUUAGAAGCAGGCCUACAUCAAAUGCUCCUCGAGAAGCAACUAAACCAAUGAAGAUAGACUCCAAGGAUAUCCCAGAAACUGAGUUAUGGAGUGAAGAAAUGCCAGAAAGCAACGACGUAAGCAAAAGCAGGGCUCCUACUGAUGUUGAGGAAUUUAUUGUUAAGAUGCUCGGAGAAGGUUUCCAAGCUAGCCCAGAGGUCAUUCAUCAGAUUCUUGGCGUAUGCGGAUAUGAUGUGAAGAUGAUCUUUCCUUUGGAUCUCUGUGCUGCAACUUCUUCUUUUGGUAUCCACACUAUAUUCUUCACUGUAUUGCAGAGUACGGAGAAACUACUUGACUUGUCUGAUACGAAGAAGUAUGCUGAUGUUGGAAUUUCCAAUGAAGUUAUGUCAGAAGUUGAUCCUCAAAGACAGGGAUCUAUGACCAGCUACCAAGAGGACGUGCAAGAAGUUUCUCAGAGCGAUGGAGCGGAAGGAGGCAAGGACAAGAUUGGACUUGAAAUGGAAGUUAUAGAAGCUUUGUUCUCAGGUACGGAGAGAUAUGAAGAAGUGCCAAAAACAACUCGACGAUUUGGAGAAUGGAGAGCAAGAAGAGUCGCUGGUCAUCCUUCUUCAAAACCUUUGGAAGACCCUUUUCAAGAGAGAGUAGUUACUGUGACUCAAUCGUCACAUACAUUGAAAGAAGAUGAAGAUGAUGAAAAUGAAUAUAAGGCACAUCGUAAAGCAGUACACGAGUAUUUGCUGGAGAUGAAAGAAUAUUACGGAGCUGCUGUAGAAGCUUUCUCCAAAGGAGAAACCGAGAAAGCACAGAGACUCGUGGAGAAGGGACACUUUUGCGGACAAAAAGCUCGGGAGGCAGAUGACAAAUAUGUAGCAAAGAUGCUUGAUGUCAAGGAAGACGAUGAUUUGACUUACAAGGAAGACGAGGUAGUGACAGUGAACGUCAACGAGCACGAACCAAGGGAUGCUCUUCGUCUUCUCAAGCUCCAGCUUAAGAACUUCUCUGGCAUUCCAUCUAUCAAGUACCUCAGAGUCAAAUUGGGUGACAACAAGGAAGAUUCCAAAUGCAAACGACGGCAUACCGCAAUUGCAAAGCUGCUGGAGGGAGAAUCCAUUGCUUGGUCUGGAGAAGAUAAUGGCCUCGUGAUGAUGAUUCGUGUUGAUGAGAUUGACCCCAAGAAAUUGAGUUUUGCCAAGAAAUAA